AUGUCCGAAGGCGACCACCUGGGUCGCCCAGUCCCAAGCUUACGCCGGCUGGGCACCUUCCCCUCUCUCUUCGGACUGGCAGACAUUCUCAACCACAGCAACCAAACCACACCUGUCAAGGCCCGUCGCGACCACAAACGCGUCCACCCUGUCAUGCCAUCCGCUUCGCCCCCGUCCAUGCUGGCCUACAACCUCCCAGCUCAGGAUGAGGACGCCACCCCACCGGCUGGCAGCAGAGUUCUCCAAACUUCCCGCGACGUUUUCAGCCCACACCCCGGCCCUCCACUUUCUUAUGAGACACCUGUGGCCCACAUGGCCUACAUGGCCAGGCGGGCUCCUGCGAUCACAGUACACACGGCCCAUGUCCGCCAGCAGAGUUCACCAACUCCCCGUCGAGUCAUUGGAAACCCGUCCCCAACCGACCUGGCCCCCACCAUGCGCUUCCCACUCUUCCCCACUGAGGCACCUUUCAAGAACCCGGCCCACAUCGCUCGACCAGCUUCACCAGUGGGAUCCAUGUCGAUUCGCCGCAAGCCCGUGCCAUACGACUUGCCGCACCAGCACUCGAAGCAGAACAAGCCGCGCGUCAAACGCCCAGCGGUUCUGGACUGGCAGAUGGUCCCCCACAUCGUGGACCGCAUCAUGUUCCUGUCCCUCCCCCACAGCCUUCAUGUCUGGCGCCAAUGCUCGCAAGAGUUCAAGCGUCGUGUCGACAAGGUCUUCCACCACGCCACUGUCUCCAAUGUGGGCUCAAUCCACCGCAAGUGGUACAUUGCGACCUUCCGUGGUCUGCCUUCCUUCACCGCACCAUUCCCUCGCCCGCGCCACCCUGCAUUCACCUCUACCCGCAUCCUUGACUUUAUCGAGGGUGUAAACGUAUCAUGGCACCCAACUAGUAUGGGUGACCUCCAAACCAUUCGCGUCCUCUCCAACCCGCGCACGUCUCUCAGGCCCCUAGACAUUGCUCCCAAGUUCCGCGAAGCCGAGUACUGGAUCGCCAAUCUGGUCAUCUUCCACACCAACCGCAUGCCCUACUUCCCAGGUCACUGGGACGCAUCCAUCAUCGGGUUUAACAAGGUCGUCGUCCAUCUCCGUGGCUGCCGCCUUCCAAAGAUGGAUCGUAUCCUCCACCAAGCCGCACACGUCGUUCUCAUCUUUGGUCCGCAGGGCAUCGAGUCCGACAAGCCCGCCCCACCAAACUACAUCAACGACAUUGCAAGCAGCAUCGCCAACAUUCUCAAGUCGGCCAGCCCAAGGCGUGACGGCUCGGGGACAGGGCCCAUGUGCACCGUUGUUGAUUUUGACUCUGUUGAGCCCGAAUGGACUGCCCUUGCCCUCCGCUCCACUGCGCGUCAAGGUGGCCCAGGAGUGUACCGCGCCAUCGAGCGCGUCCUGUGGCAGGACCUGCUCGCCAAGACGGACAUUUCCAAUGCCGCCCAGCUCGAGUUCAACACUUGGCGUGUGAAUGCCACCAUGAAGCGUCUCCGAUUCAUGUCCCUGUCUGCGUACAAGGCGACUAUUACUGCCGAAGAGAAGGCCACCGAGUUUGAGGACCCUCACAAGUCUACAUCCAUCACAUACCACGCUUCCUCAAUCACCUCUCGCCGAAACCUCCUCAGCCCGACGCUAUGGCGCACACCGGACCCGGGCACGCCGCCGCCCGUCUACCAGCCUCGCCGUGUUCUCCGCCACCGCCCAACCACCCCUACGGCUCUCACAUACCACAGGCUACCCAACUGGCAAAGGGCCCCACACCUCGUCGAGACCAUCUUUGACCUUUCCGUAGCCGACAACUGGGCGGGGUGGCGCGGCGUGAACCGACACUUUCGUUCGCGUGUCAACACCCUCCUUUCCCACGUGGAGGUGUUCCGCAGUCGUGACCUGGGACACUACAUGACCCACUACACCAAUUCUGAAGGGAGCAAGCAGUACCGCUAUCCAAAGGAGUACGUCGUGUACGGUCCUCGCAUGAAAGACACAUACAUCGCAAGACCAACCCGCGUCCCUCACCUCCACACCCCCUUCCCUGGCAGGUCUCAUGGCCCUUUGGCCUCCACCCAGGUGCUAGACUUUGGGCAAGCCGUCGUGGUCGACUGGUACACGUUCAUGAGGUACGAUUUGCCCACUCUCCAGGUCGUACGCGUAAAGUCUGGUCCUCGGUCGCACACCAAAGUCACCCCCAUCAAGCCGGUGAGCCGGCCACUCACCUGGGUGCCCAAACUCGUCGUGUUCGGUACCCACCACAUGCCAUUCUACCCUGGGGUAUGGAACGCCUGUCCCAUCGGGUUCGAAAAGGUGGUCAUCAACGUCUCGGCGUGCAGCUUCCCGUCCAUGAGCCGCAUCUGGCAACAGGCCACCCAAGUGGUCCUCGUGUUUGGCCCACAAGGCGAGCGAGCCUCAACCGCCAGCCAGUACUACACCGACGUCGUAGCCCACACCAUCGCCAGCAUCGUCCUACCCUCAACAUACAUGAUCUCGUUUGGUGGACCGGGCCCGACCUGCACCGUUGUGGGGUUCGACGACGUUGAGCCUGAAUGGCUCACUUUCGGACUCCGGUACGGCGACACCGACAGUCCCACCGCUGGCCUGUUCACCGCCAUCGAGCAAGCGUUCUGGAAGAUGGUAGUGGUCGAGAAUCAUGACCAGGUUACGCCCAAUCAGCUGCUGGAGUAUACCCAGAUCAUACGCUCCUCCAUGCGACGGAUCCGGUUUGCGACCCGGCUCGAGUAUGAGGCCACGUUGAGCGAGGAGGAGCGCAGGGUCGAGCUGGUGGAGUAA